AGCUUAGCACGUCAACUCCGUCUCUGUCGGACCAAAAUGCCAGAUAAUAACUCUAUUGUGAAUCCCAAUAAAAGUUUGGAGAUACCCAAAUGGAUAAAUCAAGAAUAUUUCGAAGCAGUGCUCCAGGAAGAUGAACCAAACUGUGUGAAGAUUGUUAAGUUUACACCGGUUGCAGCCAUACCACCCGGCGAAAACUUUACCUCUGUAAUGUUACGCAUACAUUUGGAUUUGGCUAUGAAUGAUGGAAGUACUAAGCACAAAACCUAUGUGGUGAAAACGAUGCUGCCUGAAGAUCGGGGAGGCAAACAGGUUAAGGAGGUCGGCAUUUUUGAUAAGGAAUUGCAAAUGUAUCAGAAGUAUCUCCCGCAAUUCGAAGCGAUCUAUAAAGAUGCGGGAGAAGAGAUACAAUUGGCGCCAAAGUGUUUGCAAACCGAAGAACGUGACGAUGGAAUACACUUUAUCUUUGAAGAUCUGGGAGAAUUGCAAUUUCAGAAUGUCGAUCGCAUAAAAGGAUUGGAUAUGGAACAUAUGAAGACGCUUCUUUACAAAUUAGCUGAGUUCCAUGCGGUCGCUGCAGUUUAUGUUGAGCGAAAUGGACCAUUUCCCAAAGAGUUCGAUGAAGGUUUCAUGACCCGAAAGUACCACGAGAUGCAAGACUCUGCCUUCAAGUUGAAACGUGAAUCCUUUGUGAAAUCUAUGGCUGCUUGGGGUAUGGAGAAUUCCGAACUAUACACGAAGAGUUUUCCCACUGCUGAGCAGUUUUCGAAGAUGUGUUUACGGAAUCUGGAAUUAGAUACUCAGAGUUUCAAUACUCUCACACAUGGAGAUCUGUGGAGCAGUAAUUUACUAUUUAAAUAUCAAGCCGAUGGAUCCAUCGAUCGAAUGAUCAUGCUGGACUAUCAGCUGUGCAAAUAUGGAAGUCCUGCGUUAGAUUUGCUCUUCAUUAUUACCAUAUCUGCUGCCAACGAUAUUCGCCUGAAGGAAUUUGAUCACUUCGUCAGAAUAUAUUGGGAACGCCUUGUUGACUGUCUGAAGCUGUUAAAGUACCAAAAGCCACUGCCAACUUUGAGGGAAUUACAAAAAUCCAUGUACCAUGAAAGUAACACCUUUUAUCCAUUUUUUGCCAUAUUCAAUCAUCUGCCCGUGAUACAAUUUCCAAGCGAUGAGCAAACUAGUCUUCAUUCUUUAAGAGAUGAAUCUGAGGAGGGCGAGAAAUUCCGGUGGAGACUGUUUACUAACCCCGCAUAUGCAGCUAUCAUGAAGGAUCUUUACCCCUUCUUGGCCAACCGCGGUAUCUUUCAGUUUACUGACUUUGAAUAAUCAAUGAAAAAAAGGUAAACAGUAUUAAUCAAUUAAAUCUCACGACGACAACAUUGUCGAAUGCUAUUCUGUACCCAAUGACUUCUGAAACAAUAAAGACUGCCAAAGUCGUGCGUAAUCGACUGAGGAACUACCCUAGAUUAAUCUAUACUUAUUAUGACAAUGACAAUUAGACAGUGAGUUUUUGUGUUUUUAUAUCAAGCAUUAUUCAACAAUUUAAAGUGCAGAGUCACCAUUAGUAUUUUUGUUUGAAUGAAUGCUCAGAAUGCUAACAAGAAAUGAGAUUUAAAUCUUACAAUUGGAUGGCUCUAAAUGUUUAUUAACUUUACACAAAAUAAAAUAAGAUUUGCUGGAAGAUAGUUAGAAAUCUAGCAAUGUCAUGCAUCGCACAGCUAUAAAGCCGAUUAACACCUAGAUCGCGAAAAACUUACGAUACAAUUAAUGAAUUUCAUGAGCGCAUGGCAAACACUAUCAGUGAAACACCCAACUGGACUCGCUUUGAUUUCAUAAUAAAGAAUAUGAAAAUAUAAUAUGUACGUAUGUAUGUGGUGAUGUG